AUGCACCCGCUCGCCCCGCACAAGACGCACCGCGCCGACGCGCACGUCGACGACAGCUUCCUGACCUCCAAGAAGGACAAGCGCACGAUGAAGCACAGCGCCUUCGUGAGCAAGAUCGACAAGGCCAACAAGAAACCCGCCCUCAAGCGGCGCCGGCCCUCCAAGAAGCUCGUCGCCACGAUGGAGUCGCUCGCCGACGCGCUCCCGGAGCUCGACGACGACGAGGCGAGUCUCGGGCAGCUCGCGCGCGAGGGGAAGGUCCGGCAUAAGAGUCUGAAGAGCAGGCCCGGCGCGCUGAAGAGGAAGGAGAAGGUUGUUAGGGGGGAGAUGCAGAGGUUCGGGGCGAGUAUGGCGGCGCUUGCUUCUGUUCCGCCGGUGAAUGGGGGUGUGGCGGCGGCGCCGGUGCCGGCUGCUGCGGAUGGGGAUGAGGUUGUCAUGGCGGGGGCUGAUGCGCCGGCGGAGACGAGUGCGAAUGCGGGGAGGUGGGCUGCGUUGAGGAGGCAUAUUUCGACGACGAUGGAGCAGAACCCUGCUUUCAGCAGACAGGGCCCGUGA